AUGUCUUUCCUUCAUAAUCAUUCUUGCGAGUGCGUUAAGUCAGAAUUGGAUUUGUUUGCACUACCGUCUACACAAACUAGCAUUGAAAAUGGAUUGUGGAUUCAUUAUAAACCAAUUUCAUCUCUUGGUGAUGAUGGACCUAUCGAGUUUCAAGUUCCUGGGACCGGCGAUGACUACAUAGAUUUGUCUCAUACAUUACUCCACAUAAAGGCAAAAGUAUUAAAUCAAGAUUCAACUAACUUGGUAUCUACUACAAUAGUAGCACCUGUAAAUAAUUGGCUGCAUUCACUUUUUAGUCAACUUGAUGUUUAUUUAAACCAAAAACUUGUAUCACCACCUAAUAAUACCUAUGCAUAUCGAGCAUACAUGGAAACCCUUUUAAACUAUGCCCCUGCUGCUAAACAAUCUCAUCUUACUUGUACUCUUUGGUAUGAGGAUACAGGAGGAAAAAUGGAUUCUACAGAUGGUAAAAACAUAGGAUUUGUUAAAAGACAGGAAUUGAUUAGUGAAAGUAAGGAAAUAGAAAUGAUUGGUCAUCUUCACGGUGACAUUUUUAACCAAGAUAAAUUUUUAAUUAAUGGUGUUGAAAUGAGUGUUAAAUUGGUUCGAUCAAGAGAGAGUUUUAAUUUAAUUGUUGGGUCAAACGAUGUAAAGUUUAAAGUUUGCAUUACGGACGCAACUCUUAUUGUUCGACGAGCACGAAUUAAUCCAAGUGUAUUACUCGCACAUCAAAAAGUUUUAGCUUCUACCACUGCUAAAUAUCCUAUUACUCGAGCUGAAGUAAAAGUUUUAACAAUUCCUUCGGGUGUUCAAGGAAAAACUCUUGAUAAUAUAUUUUUAGGACAGGUACCGAAAAGAUGUAUAAUUGGAUUUGUGAACAAUUCUGCAUUUAAUGGUUCCCUUACUAAAAAUCCAUUUAACUUUGAAAACUAUGGUAUUAAUUCUUUCAGCUUAUAUAUUGAUGGUCAACAAAUACCUUCAAAAGCUUUGCAACCAUCUUUUAAUAAUAGCAUAUUUACAUCAGCAUAUCAUACUCUAUUCUCGGGAACUGGUAUUCACUUUCUUAAUGAAGGAAAUGGAAUCUCUUGUGAACAGUAUGGCAAAGGUUACUGUCUAUUAGCAUUUGACUUAACUCCUGAUUUAUCAGCUAACUCAUCAACUCAUUGGAAUCUCAUAAAGCAUGGUAGUGUAAGAAUAGAAGUACGAUUUGAAUCCUCAUUAAUACAAACAAUUAACUGUAUAGUUUAUGCUGAGUUUGAUAAUAUUAUUGAGAUAGAUAAAAACAGAAAUGUUACUGUAGACUAUAGUAGUUAA